AUGCUGUUGCGCAGUCGAGUGUUCCAGGGGGCUGCCAUGGGCGCCGCCGCCACCCUGAAGCACCAGUACACCUCCACCGGGAGCAACAUCAAGGGCGCCGACAAGAAGACGCGGUGCCGCACGUCCCUGCAGGUAUCACUCUCCACUGAUAAGCCUGGCGAGCUGUGUCACCUGCUGAGCGUCUUCAAGACGUACAGCAUCAACAUCAGCCAGGUCGCCAACCGUCCUCGCGCGUACGAAAACAAGGCGCCGCUGUGCACCAUCUUCCUCGACGUGGAUGCCUACAUUGAGAGCGAAAGCAUGAAGAAGGUCAUGGCGGAGCUGAACGCAAAAUUUUCAAAUGUUGUCGUGUCCGGAUCGUGGGUGAUUCCGUGGUAUCCGACGGAGCCCAAAGACCUCGACAAACUCGAUCAGAGCACGCUCGCUGCCGGCGAGGAGCUGCAAGAAGACCCGGAGAACCCCCACCCUGGCUUCCACGACGAGGUCUACCGCGCCCGCCGCCGCGAGAUUGUCAGGCUUGCCAAGAACUACAAAACCGGCGAUCAGAUCCCGAUUGUAAACUACACAGAGGAGGAGAACCGCGUGUGGACGGUAGUCUACGACCACCUGGCCCGCCUGUACCCGACGCACGCGUGCCAGCAGUACAACUACGUCUUUCCGCUGCUCCUCGAAAACGGUGUGCUGAGCCGCACCCAAAUGCCGCAGCUGCGCGAUGUGAGCGAGUUCCUGAACGAGGCGACCGGCUUCACGGUGCGCCCGGUGACGGGGCUGCUGACGUCGCGCGACUUCUUGAACGCCCUGGCGUUCCGCAUUUUUUACAGCACCCAGUACAUUCGCCACGCCGCGCAGCCGUUGUACACGCCGGAGCCGGACAUGGUGCAUGACAUCAUUGGUCACCUGCCCCUGCUCUCUGAUCCUGACUUCGCCAAGUUCACCCAGACGAUCGGCCUCGCGUCCCUUGGUGCCAGCGAUGAGCUGCUGGACAAAUUGGCAAAGGUCUACUGGUAUAGCGUCGAGUUCGGCCUCUGCAGCGAGGGUGGCCGGCGCAAGGCCUACGGUGCUGGUGUUUUAUCGAGCUGUGGCGAGCUAGAGUACGCACUGAGCGACAAGCCGGAGUGCGUCCCGUGGGACCCCACAGUGGCCUCCAAAACGCCGUUCCCCAUCACCAAGUAUCAGCCGCGGUACUUUGUGGCCGAAAGCUUCCCAGAUGCGCAGCGUAAGCUGGAGACGUGGCUCAGCUCUCAGGAGAGGCCGCUGUACACCGUCUACAACUCGUACUCGCGGUGCGUGCAGUCGUACCCGAAGAACACGUGGAACAUGCUUCAGGAGCAGAUGAAGCGAACGAACUUCACCUUCUAA